AGCAACGCCGCAGAACCGCAUCUCCCGGUAUCGGAUCUUCCCCUCAUCGUCCCUUCGUUUCCUAAAUAUUUAUAUUAAUAUAUUCUUAAUUAAUAUGUAGACCCCCUCCUCUCUCUGUCUCUGUCUCUUUCUCUCUCUCGGAUCGGCCAAGCCAUAAUUAAAUGAGCCUUCUUCUUGACUUCGAAUCCUCGUGAGAUCGAGUGCUCGCGCGAUGCGCGCGAGGGCGAUGCACCCUCUCUGCUGCAUUUCGAUCGACUGCCCCCGGGUCGGCGACCGGUCGCCAGCGCCGGCGGAACCGGAGCCGGAGCUUUAUGGCGUUGUCGAGGGCGAGGCCUCGUCGUCAGCGGUCGCCGUCGCCGUCGCCGGCGUGCUCUACAAGUGGAUCAACUUCGGGAAGGGAUGGCGGUCCCGGUGGUUUUCUCUCCGGAACGGCGUCCUCUCCUACUCCAAGAUCCCCCAAGGGGAGGAGGUCUCCUUCUCCGAGGGCGAGGGCGUCCGCCUCAUCGGCACCGCCGCCUCCCGGCUAUCCCGGGCUAACGUCAGUUGCGGUGGCCGGAACCCUCCGAAGCCGGUCGGCGUCGUUUAUCUCAAGAUCUCAUCAUUUCGUGUAAGUAAGACAGAUGAAAGACGAUUCUAUAUAUUUUCUCCUACAAAGACACUUCAAUUGAGAACUGAUUCACAGAAAGAUCGUGUUGCCUGGAUUGAGGCCUUGAUCUCAGCAAGAAGUAAAUUUUCCGUCGAUGGAAGGAUAUCUUAUAUCCAGAAUGAUAUAUCAAUUUCAACCAAAAAGCUUAGAGAUCGCAUGCAUGUAGAGGGACUAGAUGACGUGCUUAUCAAGGAUUGUGAGCAGAUCAUGCUGUCAGAAUUUUCAGAGUUUCAGAGACAGUUGAAGCUUCGUUAUGAAGAACAUUUAAGCUUUCUUCGCACAUUUCAGCAGCAGCUUGAGGAUGUUAAUGCUGAUGAAGUGACCACAACAAUCCAUGAAGGUCAAUUGCAUUUGCUGAAACAUGAAUAUUCUUGCUCUGGGCAUGGCAAUAACAGUGAAUAUAGUACCACAGAGUCAUCUGAUGAUGUUGAAAAGCAAGAGCUAGAUGAGUUGUCAGAUGAAGGCGAGCCUCACUUCUUUGAUACAAAGGAGAGUUUUAGUGAUUCUACUGUUGUCUGUGCCUCUAAAAUAAGAGACUUAGACCAUGCUGAUAAAAGUUGUUGUACUGAAAAUUGCUUAGACACUGUGGAGAUGAUGGAUCUUGAAACAGAGCCAAAUGAUCGUAAUGCAUUUCUGUAUAUCAGGAGGCGUACAAAAUUGCCUGAUCCUAUUGAGAAGGAAAAAGGUGUUAGCCUUUGGUCAAUGCUCAAAGAUAAUGUUGGAAAGGAUCUUACACGUGUUUGCCUUCCUGUUUACUUUAAUGAACCCCUAUCAACACUUCAGAAGUGCUUCGAGGACUUGGAAUACUCUUAUUUGUUGGAUCGAGCAUAUGAGUAUGGGAAAAUGGGGAACAGUCUCAUGAGAAUUCUGCAUGUAGCUGCCUUUGCAAUCUCUGGAUAUGCUUCUUCUGAUGGCCGCCACUGCAAACCAUUCAACCCUUUGCUAGGGGAGACUUAUGAAGCUGACUUCCCUGAAAAAGGAAUUCGCUUCUUCUCUGAAAAGGUUAGCCACCACCCAACGCUUAUUGCCUGCCAUUGUGAAGGUAAAGGUUGGAAAUUCUGGGGUGACAGCAAUCUCAAAAGUAAAUUUUGGGGGCAAACUAUUCAACUAGACCCUGUUGGUGUAUUGACCCUGGAAUUUGAUGAUGGUGAAGUUUUUCAAUGGAGCAAGGUCACAACGACUAUUUAUAACCUCAUCUUUGGUAAAGUAUACUGUAACCACCAUGGAACAAUGAAUAUACUGGGCAACCGGCAGUAUUCAUGUAAACUGAAGUUCAAAGAGCAGUCUCUUCUUGAACGCAACCCUCGCCAGGUGCAAGGCUUUAUUGUGGAUGUCAAUGGAACUAAAGUUGCUACUUUGAUGGGAAAAUGGGAUGACAGCAUGUACUAUACCAUAGAUGAUUUCUCCAAGACCAGGGGUUGUAUUUCAACACAAGAUUCUACCUUAUUGUGGAAAAGGAGCAAGCCUCCUCCUAAUCCCACUCGGUACAACUUGUCAUCAUUUGCAAUUACGCUGAAUGAGCUAACACCAGAAUUUCAGAUUAAGGAGAAACUUCCGCCUACGGAUUCAAGACUUCGACCAGAUCAGAGGUAUUUAGAGAAUGGGGAAUAUGAGAAGGCAAAUGCAGAGAAGCAGCGAUUGGAGAGAAGGCAGCGAAUGUCAAGAAAAUUGCAGGAGAAUGGCUGGAAGCCAAGAUGGUUUUGGAAGGAUAGCAAGGAUGGCACAUUUCGCUAUACAGGUGGAUACUGGGAAGCAAGAGAGCAGAAGAAAUGGGAUAAUUCCCCAGAUAUUUUUGGAGAAUUUUCUGAAGAUCAGAAUGUUCCCCCCAGUAAUUAAAGAGAAACAAAGUGAUCAGGUGUCUGGAAGGGCAAUGAAAUUGCUGAUCGUGUGCAUAUAUAUAAUUCGCCGGUUGUUCUUUUAUUGUUUUUCUUGUUAUUCAUGAGAUGGACAUGGUAUUUUGCUGGUGAUUGUAUAGCUUUUGCCAGCAAUCAAUGACAAUCUUUAUAACAUAGUUGUCUCAGUUUUCCUGUAAUUGAUUGCAUUUUUUUUGCCAUUAAUUGUAUUCACUGUUUUGUUGUCAUAGGUAUGUGAAUGACUUAUUACAGAGUUU